CAUAAAAAGUGAUUAUAUAUAGUAAAGCACGUCAAUGUGUUAUACAGCCAUUGUAUAGCUCUACAAGCCGACAAUAGACUAGUCAUAAGAAAAUUAACAUAUAGACAAUGUGUUAAUACCGCAAAGCAAAAGUCAACCGUCCAAAAUGAUAUACGAUAGAAGUGAAACAAUAUGGCGCUUGAAGACAAAGUUUAAAGGAUUCGAAUCUAAAGGACCAUUCUCCACGACAUACAAACUACCACUGGAAGUCAACAACGAACGGAUUAAAACAACACUGGAAGUUAAAAUACCACUGUCGUACCCUAAUAAACAAGUACUUCUAAAACUAGUCAACCCAAUAUCACACCCAUGGGCAGAUGAUAAAGGCAAUGUACAACUGCCGCCAUGGGCGGAAUCGCUACAUGCAGUGGAACUUGUCAGUGCCUUCAUAGAGCAACUGCAGGAAGUCCAUAACAAGCAUGUAGCACCAAUACAACUGGAUGCUACAUCGCAAAUCAUUAGCACCGCUAACUCAGGAAACAGCUCCAAAUGCCAAUGUAGCACUCUAGGAAGUGUAAGGCCACAUGAUUUACAAAGCCCAAACGGUAAUAUUGUAUCUAGCACAUGGGAUUUUGAUGGAACAAGUCCCUGUACUAACCAUGAUACAGAGAAAUAUGAUAUACAAGUUAAUGAAAUGGUAUUAAAUGCAUGCUGGAAUCCACCAAAAGGAGCUAUGGAAGCAAUUAAAAAGGCUAGCAAUGAUGAAAUGGAUUAUCUAAUAUCCAACCAAGAUAUACGCUGGAAAAUGCUACAAAAUACACCUGAAAUGACACCACUCAUCAAAGAACUACAUAAAAUUACAGAAGAAAAUGAAACUACAGCACUAAAGAUAAUAGCAGCAGUCAAUAAAAACCAGGAACUGUUGGAAUUAGUAACCAAAAGGCAAAAUGAACUAGAAUCAGAAGGAAUUACAGUAGACAAUCUGGAACACAUCCUGAAGCAAUAUAAAACGUUGUUCAAAAAUUAUUGCAAUGCACAAAUUGAACAUUUGCAAAAACAAAUAAACGAGAAAUUUAAAGCAAUCGAUGAUGGAAAGGAAAAAUUCCAAGAUUGCUAUGAACAACUCAUGUCAUUACAACAAAAACGAAGUCAAUACGCCAUCAUGCUAACCGCUGUGCUUGGCUAAGCCCAUGUCCACAAUACACGAAGUGGAAUAUAGCAAUG